CCAAGCAGCACGGAGCGAGCAGCCCAGCCCAGCCCCUGCUCGGCGGCUGGCGGGAAGAAGAGGAACAACGUAGAAAACCACCCCGGCCGCCGGAGGAGACGCCCUCCGCUCGGGCUCGUCCACGCCCGGGGUGUCAGCCGGCGCCGCCCGCCCCGAGCCCAGCGCGCCCGGGGGCGGCCCGGUUCCCGCCGCAGGAGGAGGGCCAGGGCCAGGGCGAUGCUGGCGGGGCUGGGGCGGGCGGUGCGGAGCGGCUGGCCGCCGGGCAAGCGGCAGCCCCCGGUGCUGCCGGGCGGGUGGGACGGCUGCCCGCCACCCUCAGCGCCUCGGGUGCUGCGGAGCGGCCCGGCCGGGGCGCGGCGGGGCCCGGGGGGAGCAGCGCCUCACAGCACGCUGCGGCCAUCUGACGAAGUAACUAUUAAUUACAGACAUGGUCUUCCUGUGAUAACUCUCACGCUGCCCUCAAGAAGCGAACGCUGUCGGUUCACUGUUAAGCCAAUGGUGACCACCGUAGGGGCAUUCCUGCAGGACCUGCAGAGAGAAGACAAAGGAAUUCACAGAGCGCAAGUCUUUGCAACAGAUGGUAGCAAGGUCUCUGAUGCAACCUUGAUGGAAGUCUUACUGAUGAAUGACUUUAAACUUGCUAUCAACAACACAGCAUACAGUGUGUCACCUCCUGUAAAAGAUAACCUGAGUAGUGAGCAUGCUACUGAAAUGGAAGAUAUUAAAUCCUUGGUUCACAGACUGUUUGUGGCUCUACAUUUAGAAGAUCACCAGAUCAGGAAAGAGAGAGAAUUGCUACAGAAACUAGACCAUCUGAAAGGAGAGCUGCUGCCUCUUGAACAGAUGAAAGCCAGAAUUGCAGACAAUGCAGGUGCAAAGACCUCCAGGCUUCUAUGGGUUGGCUUAGCUCUGAUGUCAACACAAGGGGGAGCGUUGGCAUGGCUCACGUGGUGGGUCUACUCAUGGGACAUCAUGGAGCCAGUCACAUACUUCAUCACUUACGGGAGUGCCAUGGCUUUCUACGCCUACUUUGUUCUCACUAAACAGGACUACAUUUACACUGAUGCUCAAGACAGGCAGUUCCUCCACUACUUCUAUCGGAAAGCCAAAAAGCAGCAUUUUGAUGUGGAACGAUAUAACAAGCUCAAGGAAGACCUAGCAGAGGCAGAAGAAUCCCUGAGGCGUCUGCGCCAACCUCUGCACCUGAGGCUUCCAAUCCAGGAAAUCAAUGACAAGGGCUGACGUUGGUUUUGUAUAUAUUAGAAUUACCCUUUGAAAGCCAAUAUGAACAUUUAGUUACACUAUAGAAACUGGAUAUUUUUGACCACUAUAGUUUUGAAAGUUGCAAUAAAUAUCUAUAAAAAGUA